AUGGUAACAUACACCAUAACAGAUGACGAGACAUACCACCACGAUUACAAAUUCAAAGUGCAACGUAACUGUGGUGCGUUCCACCCAAAGCCAAUAGAGAUGAAUCAAUGGCACCAACAACAAGUCACGGGGUUUCGCCGCUCAGUGAACUUCAUAAUGAAGUGCAAAUCAUGUCGUCGUGAACGAUACGCCACCAUCAGCAAACGUGGAUCUCAGUUGAUUGUCACUGCUUUUAGAUUGAUCGCGUUGGAACAUAUCGCGGACGAUCCAUACCAAUGUCAAAAUUCGCAAGGAGAUUUGAUGGUCCAAGGGGUGGGGUUAUUGGAUGGCGAGUGGGGUUACGUAGAUGAAAGUUCGGGUGAAGAGAUGAGGAUUUCAGAUUUGACAUGGGAGAUUGAGAUGGUUAAGUAUUCUGGCUACGCGCUGAGUAUAAAGCAGAAAUAUUGA